AUGACUUCACAGCAGCCAGGGGAGCCAGUACAGCCAGACCAGCACGCUCUGGGGGGGCUUCUGCCCUUCCAUGUAGAGCAGCUGUCAAGAACUCGGGACACUUUCCCAGUCCAGUUCACAGAAGGAAGUCCAGAAAGUCAGAGGCUUAACCCAGUAGUGUCUGAGUACCUGCUUGGCAAAGCCUUCUACGGCCAAAAUGGAAACCCUGAAUCCACUACCAGGAGUUCUAGGUGCCAGGAAUGCCUUCCUGGGUACAUGGAGUUCCCGCCCACGACCAUAGAAGACAUUACAGAGGACUGCCCAAAAGGAAAACAGACCAAGCUACAGAGAGGCCCAGUCAUUCUAGACUCACAGAUCGCGGACCCGGGGCGCUGGGCCGCAGGCGGCUCCGGACACGUGACCCUCGGCGUCCCCGGGCCUGAGGUCGGCAGACACCCCAGGCUGGACGGCCUCCGUCCCUCCGGACACGCCUGCGGGGGCUACGAAUGCAAAUCCCCCCGAGACGCCCCUGAGCCUCCAACCUCCAGACCCCAACUCGAUUCGAACGGUCCCUCAGCCCGAAACACGGUUGGAUCACAACCGGCGGAUGUCCCGGCCCAUAUUCCCGGUUCCCCUGGCUCGCCGCACGGAACUCCCAGGGGCGAGCCGUGGCCGCCGCCCCGAGCCGGGUCUUGCUCGAGCUCUCGCGAGAGGAGCCGUCAUCUCGUCGGUCCCCGGCGGAGGGACCGGGAGGGACGGUGCAGAACUCGGAGGACCAUUGAUGCCCUGCCCCGCCAGCCCAGCACCGGUUCUGCCGCCUUAGCUCGAAGGGUCAGCCAGGCCAUCUCCUGCCUCGGGACGGAGAGCGCCCUGGAAAAGGCAGAGGGGCCGACCUUAGUCACACAACAGCAAUGGCAAGAUUUUCACCCAAGCAAUCUGACUUGGAACCCAUGGAUUAACCAACUCACUAUACUGCCACUGGAGGCAAAUCCAGAGACCAAGGGAGCAGUUUAUACAGAAACAGGUCUGUUAUGGGUGGAAUUAUGUCCCUUCAAAAAGAAUGUUGAAACCCUAACCCUCAGUACCUCCGAAUGUGACCUUAUGUGGGAACAGGGCUAUUGCAAAUGUCGUUAGUUAAGCUGAAGUCAUCUGGGAUAGGUUAGA